AUGGUCGGCACGCGGUGUUCCACGAGAUUCACAAUUCUUCAGAUGACAACGGACAACAAUGAUAAUGCUUCUGAAGGUCAGCCGAAAAGCGGAUUGAGAUCUGCUAUAACUUGCUUAACACCGGGGAUCAGGGAGAAUCUAUGUCUUGGUCCGAGAGUUCAAGUUUUGAAAGAAGAGAGGAUCGGAUUGACCAACAGGAAAGGAGCAACUUAUGGAUAUCACAACGGAGUGGACAUUCGAUUAUUGAGAAAGCAUAAAGUCCCACUAAUAAACGAUGAUACCGAAAUAGGUCAUAGUAUUGGGGCAACGGUAGAUGUAACUCGUGACGAUGGAGCGCUUGAAGUAGGUACCAGAGACAAAAUAUUUCAAGCUUGGAAGCAUAAUAGAGGAGGACUAGUUGAAUGGGAUAGUCAGGGAGCAGGUGUGGACAUCGGCUCAAGAGCCUCGGUUGCUGAUGACCUCAUUAAACUACGGCAUACGCUUUUUGGUGUGAAUGUCGGUCCAACAUCAAGAAGAUCAAUUGUGGGGCCUUAUCAAGUCGGAGAGACAAAUGGGCAAUACCUGAAACCAGCUAAUAAUCCUGUUCCAUCACUGUACCAUAAUUAUUAUGCUGGGAGGGGAGAUUGGUAUAAAAAUCAAUUCAGACGACCUGGUGACGAAUACCGUACCAGAGAGCAGAGAGCAUGCCCAUGGUGCUUUGCAGUUGAUUCCAGUUAUCCAACACAGACAAUGUUUAAUCCGUUUUUUGGAUAA